UUUUCGAAUUCAAGCUAGCUAGACUGUUAACUCCAUGGAGAAAUGGUACUAAACCCAAUUAUCAAAGCGAAAUUAAAAAAAGUUCAUCACUUUGAUCAUCAUGAGGUAUGGUAUUGAGAUGCUUGUGAGACGAGUUUCAGCGAUACCUCAACAUUCGAUUCCUUCUAGCUUCCAUCUUCUUCCUCGUUUUUGCUCAUCUUCUUCUGCUUCGCCUAGUUCCAAGCUGUUCAUUGGAGGAUUAUCUUACUCUGUGGACGAACAAUCUCUCAAAGACGCUUUCUCUUCCUUCGGGAAGAUCGAAGAAGUUAGGAUUGCUUACGACAAGGGAAGUGGGAGGUCAAGAGGAUUCGGUUUUGUUGAUUUUGCUGAGAAAGACGAUGCUCUUUCUGCAAAACACGCCAUGGAUGGAAAGGGAUUAUUUGGUCGGCCAUUGAGGAUAGGUUUUGCACUUCAGAAGGUGCGUGGUGGUCCUGUGGUUGUUCAACGUUUUGGGAAACCUAAUAGCGACAGAGAGAAGAAGGUCUUCAAGUGAUGUCUGCAUCAUCUCAUAGGAUCAACCAAAUGACAAUAGUCAGCAUUGUUUGUAUACGCUCAUGGUUGUCUUUGGUUUAACUUUGUGGUAUCAAAAAGUUGUAGUGUGAAAGACUUUGACUUUAUAAAGAUUUUACACAGAGAAUAAGAGUAGCUUAU